AUGGUACACUCAGCCAAGCAGACCACCCUCCUUAGGGCCAAGAGGUUAUCCUGGGUGCUGCUGCCUAUCCAUGUGGGUGUUGAUGUCAACAGAACAAAUCGCUCUGUUGACGACACUAUCAACCUCAGUCUCCACCACACACUGAUGCACCUGGACCAGCCAAGCUCCUACGUCAGGGCCCUGUUUGUGGAUUACAGCUCCGCCUUCAACAUCAUCCUCCCAGACCACUUGCACAGCAAACUACUUCAGCUACACGUUCCCAGCACCAUCUGUGAGUGGAUCGGUGACUUCCUCACCAACAGAAACCAGCAAUUGCAGAUUGGCAGCUUCUUGUCGGCCUCCCUCACCACCAGUGCUCCACAAGCUCUGCAGUUCAGGUGGUAA